GUUUUAAUAUGAUGAGAAACUAAUAUUGUAUUAGUUGUGCUCAUAAGCAGUGGUGUAGCUGACUAGAUUGUGCACCCGACUUUUAUUCAGUCUGCCACGAAUUUAAAUUCAUUGACCAGGAUUUCAAAACUGCUCACUUAUUUUAUAGUCGUCUAGUAUCUAUCUACCUUUGAGGCAUUUGUUUACACACACUACAAAUGCUGCUGUCUCGAAUUUAUUGUAAAUUUCAACAUUUCCAACGAAAGCGGCGCAGAUGUUUACUAUUAAACCAAAAAAGGCUUGAAUUUAAGUACCGCUUACAUCUUUGGGUUGGAAACAAUGACCUUAUGGUUACAAGGCGAGCUCGUACGCCAUUAAUCCACUUGGACCCGGUCCAAUGGCCAACGCAUGAAUUCCAACUUUUGCGAAUCCACGCACGAAAUAGCGCGACUGGCACUAGUCAGUGUUAUCGCUGGCGAUUGUUUGUCCUCAUGUCCGACCUGCUGUAUCCCACUGGUCACGAGUUCUCACUAGAAGUGAUGAAGAGUCCCGAACAUGGACAGAAUAGCUGUCCAGUACUCCCAGGUUUCCCGAUGUCAUCUCAUGAUGAGAUUGUGAAACAAAUAUUAUUCUAUGAUCAGACUUUACUAGGUCACAGGAAAGAGGCGGACAGUUGACUUGACUGACAACAAGUAUUGGCAAACGUCUGUAUGAAAGCGUUUCAAGAAGAAUAGAGGGACGCGUUUAAUGCAAGGUAGAAGUAGGACAUUGAAGAGAUUCAAAAUAAGACAUUUAUAUUUAUAAUAUUUACAAUAUAUCGUUAUUACCAAAAUCAAGUGGUUAUUGUUGGAUUUUUGGUUCUUGAAGAUGAUAGAAAUCACAUAAAAUAAAAGACAUGUACACUCACCAUUUGUAGCAGUGUAGGUCGACCGUGUAUUCUAUGGAUUGGACAUGUGCCGCGAAUGUCAUCCUAGAGGCUUCGUACAGGUCUCUGUUCGCUAACCCUGGGACGGGAUGGAAAAGGCGGAGGGGUGG